UGCGGGACCAGCGUGGGAACGUGGCUGGCCGGCUGUGGACGGCGUCCUCAUCACCAUGGUCCGGCUCCUGUUGGUUUUCUUCCCAGCGAUCUUUUGGGAGAUGUCCCUUCUGCCCAGAAGCCCUGGCAGGAAAGUGUUGCUGGCGGGAGCCUCAUCUCAGCGCUCGGUGGCCAGAAUGGACGGAGAUGUCAUCAUCGGGGCCCUUUUCUCAGUCCACCACCAGCCUCCAGCCGAAAAGGUGCCGGAGAGGAAGUGCGGGGAGAUCCGGGAGCAGUACGGCAUCCAGAGGGUGGAGGCUAUGUUUCACACCUUGGAUAAGAUCAACGCAGACCCGGUCCUCCUGCCCAACAUCACGCUGGGCAGCGAGAUCCGGGACUCCUGCUGGCACUCCUCCGUGGCUCUGGAGCAGAGCAUUGAGUUCAUCAGGGACUCCCUGAUUUCCAUUCGAGAUGAGAAGGAUGGACUCAACCGGUGCCUGCCGGAUGGGCAGCCCCUCCCCCCAGGCAGGACUAAGAAGCCCAUUGCGGGCGUAAUCGGCCCGGGCUCCAGCUCCGUAGCCAUUCAAGUGCAGAACCUGCUCCAGCUCUUCGACAUUCCCCAGAUCGCAUAUUCCGCCACGAGUAUCGACCUGAGUGACAAAACUUUGUACAAAUACUUCCUGAGGGUUGUCCCUUCUGACACCUUGCAGGCAAGGGCGAUGCUAGAUAUAGUCAAGCGUUACAAUUGGACCUAUGUCUCUGCAGUCCACACGGAAGGGAAUUAUGGGGAGAGUGGAAUGGACGCUUUCAAAGAGCUGGCUGCCCAGGAAGGUCUCUGCAUCGCCCAUUCAGACAAAAUCUACAGCAAUGCUGGGGAGAAGAGCUUCGACCGACUCCUGCGCAAGCUCCGAGAACGGCUCCCCAAGGCGAGAGUGGUGGUCUGCUUCUGCGAAGGCAUGACGGUCCGGGGCCUCCUGAGCGCCAUGCGGCGCCUGGGCGUGGUGGGCGAGUUCUCACUCAUCGGAAGUGAUGGAUGGGCAGAUAGAGAUGAAGUCAUUGAAGGUUAUGAGGUGGAAGCCAACGGGGGAAUCACGAUCAAGCUGCAGUCUCCAGAGGUCAGGUCGUUUGAUGAUUAUUUCCUGAAACUAAGGCUGGACACUAAUACGAGGAAUCCUUGGUUCCCUGAGUUCUGGCAACACCGGUUCCAGUGCCGCCUACCAGGACACCUUCUGGAAAAUCCCAACUUUAAGAGAAUCUGCACAGGCAAUGAAAGCUUAGAAGAAAACUACGUCCAGGACAGUAAGAUGGGCUUUGUCAUCAAUGCCAUCUACGCCAUGGCCCACGGGCUGCAGAACAUGCACCAUGCCCUGUGCCCCGGCCACGUGGGCCUCUGCGAUGCCAUGAAGCCCAUCGACGGCAGCAAACUCCUGGACUUCCUCAUCAAGUCCACGUUCAUCGGUGUGUCUGGAGAGGAGGUGUGGUUUGAUGAGAAAGGGGACGCUCCUGGAAGGUAUGACAUCAUGAAUCUGCAGUACACUGAAGCUAAUCGCUAUGACUAUGUACACGUGGGAACCUGGCACGAGGGGGUGUUGAACAUCGAUGACUACAAGAUCCAGAUGAACAAGAGUGGGAUGGUACGGUCUGUGUGCAGCGAGCCUUGCUUAAAGGGUCAAAUUAAGGUUAUACGGAAAGGAGAAGUGAGCUGCUGCUGGAUUUGCACAGCCUGUAAAGAGAAUGAAUAUGUGCAAGACGAGUUCACCUGCAAAGCCUGUGACUUGGGGUGGUGGCCCAAUGCAGAUCUCACAGGCUGUGAACCUAUCCCUGUCCGCUACCUGGAGUGGAGCAAUAUAGAAUCCAUCAUAGCUAUCGCCUUCUCCUGCCUGGGCAUCCUUGUCACCUUGUUUGUCACUCUCAUCUUCGUGCUGUACCGGGACACACCAGUGGUCAAAUCUUCCAGUCGAGAGCUCUGCUACAUUAUCCUAGCUGGCAUCUUCCUGGGUUACGUGUGCCCUUUCACUCUCAUUGCCAAACCUACCACCACGUCCUGCUACCUCCAGCGCCUCCUGGUUGGCCUCUCCUCUGCCAUGUGCUACUCUGCUUUAGUGACCAAAACCAAUCGCAUUGCGCGCAUCCUAGCUGGCAGCAAGAAGAAGAUCUGCACCCGGAAGCCCAGGUUCAUGAGUGCCUGGGCCCAGGUGAUCAUUGCCUCAAUUCUGAUUAGCGUGCAGCUAACCCUGGUGGUAACCCUGAUCAUCAUGGAGCCCCCCAUGCCCAUUCUGUCAUACCCAAGUAUCAAGGAAGUCUACCUUAUCUGCAAUACCAGCAACCUGGGUGUGGUGGCCCCUGUGGGCUACAAUGGACUCCUCAUCAUGAGCUGUACCUACUAUGCCUUCAAGACACGCAACGUGCCCGCCAACUUCAAUGAGGCCAAAUAUAUCGCCUUCACCAUGUACACCACCUGCAUCAUCUGGCUGGCUUUUGUGCCCAUUUACUUUGGAAGCAACUACAAGAUCAUCACUACCUGCUUUGCAGUGAGCCUCAGUGUAACGGUGGCCCUGGGGUGCAUGUUCACUCCCAAGAUGUACAUCAUCAUUGCCAAGCCGGAGAGGAACGUCCGCAGUGCCUUCACCACCUCUGAUGUAGUCCGCAUGCAUGUCGGCGAUGGCAAGCUGCCCUGCCGCUCCAACACUUUCCUCAACAUUUUCCGAAGAAAGAAACCAGGGGCAGGGAAUGCCAAGAAGAGGCAGCCAGAAUUCUCGCCCACCAGCCAGUGUCCGUCGGCACAUGUGCAGCUUUGAAAACCCCCACACUGCAGUGAAUGUUUCUAAUGGCAAGUCUGUGUCAUGGUCUGAACCAGGUGGAAGACAGGUGCCCAAGGGACAGCACAUGUGGCACCGCCUC